CGUAUAUUAAUCCGCAAAUAUGGCGCUAUCCGUGUAAAAGAUGGUUUGUGAUUGUUGUGUGCUUGAACAAUCGAGGGUACAAGAUGGAAACUAACAAAAAUAACUCAUCAACACUGUUUUAUCUUACUCCAGUAGAAACUAAGGAUGAAUUAGAUGAGAAACUGGAACGAUGCUCUUCUUUAGUAACCAGUCUCAUCAGUGGUGUGUCUGAAAAAGAAGCACAUGAUACACUUAAUGCAACAGUAAGCAGAGGUGUACAGAAUCAUGAAGAAGUUAGCCUAGGACUUCUAGUUUGUAUUUUCAGUGAGCCAGCCAAUGCACCAAGGUACUACAGAGACCUCACCUAUAUCACAACAGAUGGUUUAGCCUUAGUUAUUGGUUAUUUAACUCAAAUCAUUGUAGAAAAAUAUUCAAAACUUCAAGACACUAGUAGAACACAGCUUAUUUGGCUUUUGAAAGAAAUGAUUAAAAACUCGAUUCCGGGAGUUGAUGGUUUGUGCUACAAUCUUCUUCGGCAGAUAGCAGGAGGAGAUACAACACCAAAAAACCUAUGGCUAAUAGAAUCAAUGCUAGACAUAUUUAUUGAAAACAGGGGCUGGUUAGAAAAAUUUCCUUUGCUUGUUGCAGCAGUUGUCUAUACUUACAUAAGGUUAAUUGUAGACCAUGGAAGUCAGAUGAUGUCUAACCUAAGACGAAAAGAAGUUGACUUUUGCAUUUCUCUGCUCAGAGAAAAAUUUACUGAGUGCAUGAUGAUUGGUCGAGAUCUUGUCCGACUACUCCAAAAUGUAGCAAGGAUACCAGAAUUUGACAAAUUAUGGCGUGACAUGUUUUAUGAACCAACGUCACUAUCGUCAGGCUUUACUGGUAUUCAACAAUUAUUGACCACCAGGACUUCUCGUAGGUUUCUCCAAAGUAGGCUUACACCAGACAUGGAGAGGAAAAUUGUAUUUUUAACAUCACAGGUCAAAUUUGGACAACAGAAGAGAUAUCAAGACUGGUUUCAGAGACAGUACCUUGCCACUCCAGAAAGUCAGUCCCUCCGCUGCGAUCUCAUCCGCUUCAUCUGUGGAGUUAUCCAUCCAUCCAAUGAAGUGCUUUGUUCUGACAUCAUUCCUCGCUGGGCUGUGAUUGGUUGGCUGCUGACAACCUGUACAUCAAAUGUUGCAGCCUCAAAUGCAAAACUGUCUUUAUUUUAUGAUUGGUUAUUUUUUGAUGCCGAAAGAGACAACAUCAUGAAUAUUGAACCAGCUAUUCUUGUAAUGUAUCAUUCCAUGAGACCUCAUCCAGCCAUCACUGCCACACUCCUGGACUUUCUCUGUAGGAUAAUGACAAAUUUUUAUACACCUUUAACCAGUCAAGUAAAACAAGGAAUCUAUUCUUCCUUGAGGCAGAUCCUUGAAAAACGAGUUUUACCGUCCUUAUCUCCUUUGUUUGAUAAUCCUAAGCUUGACAAAGAUCUUAGGGCAAUGGUGAGAGAACAUUUUGGGGAAUUUUGUUCUUUAACUGAUGUAAAACAAGAAGAAACUGUUCAGCCACGAGAAUCAGAAGUAGUUAUCAUUGAUGGGAAUCACACUGGAAAUGUUAACAUUUCUGAAAAUGAAGCACAGUUUAGCGAAGAUGAAGAUGACAUACCACUGGAUAAGUUAAGAGUUCGAGACAUCAAGUUUCGUCCCAUUAAGGAAACUUCCAAAGUGGAACAAAUAGAUAUCAAUGAAUAUAUUGAUCAACUGUCAGGAGAUAUAAAAAAGUGGACAAUAAAUCUCAAAAAUGAAAAAAUCUGUGAAACAAGGUGUGAAAUGGUGGAAAAGUUGCUUCAAGCCAUCUUACAAGGGAAUGACUUUGACCAGGAUACUGCUUCCACUCUUGGUAUUUGUUUGGCUCAUAUUCUCAAUGAUGAAUUUACAAGGAAAACAUUCCCACAAGAAGUAGAUGAUGAGUAAGUUAAAGAAUUUUUUAGUUGUUUUUUAUUGGGGGUUGGAGU